AUGGAGGGGACUUUGCCAUCGGCGGGCAGUGAGAAGCCCCAGAAGCGGGUGAGGUUCCGGGUGGCGUCAGGGAACAGUGGACGGGUGCUGAAGGAAAUGUUUAAGGAUGAGGGUCCAACUGACUCCCUGGACUCGGACUGCACCAGCAGUUCGGAGGCAGAUCGGGCCAGUACGCCCUCCACCAGUGGGGAGCUAAAUGGACACCUGGGAGGCUACCUGGGCUCAGAGCUGGACGACAGUGAGAGCGAGCCGGAUGACCUUCUGCUGUUCGCAGGCGGAAAGAACAAGGACAGAGUUUUCAGUACCAAACGCGUCAAUAUCCUCAGCAAGAACGGGACAGUGCGAGGAGUUAAGCACAAAGUCAGCGCUGGCCAAAUACUGUUUGAUAACCUAACUAAAGUCAACGGGCCUGAGCUGACGCUGGAGUUUGGCCGGAUCGUGAUCUACACCACUAGUUUCCGUGUGGUCAGGACGACGUUUGAGCGCUGUGAGCUGGUGCGCAAAAUCUUCCAGAAUCACAGGGUGAAGUUCAUGGAGAAGAACAUUGCUCUGGACAGUGAGUAUGGGAAGGAGCUGGAGACACGCUGCAGAAGGGUGGGUGAGCCACCGUCCCUGCCUGUGGUCUUCAUUGAUGGACACUACUUGGGGGGUGCAGAGAAAAUACUGGGUAUGAAUGAAUCAGGGGAACUGCAGGAUCUCCUAACCAAAAUUGAGAGGGUACAACAUCCCCACACAUGCCAGACGUGUGGCGGCUUCGCCUUCGUACCCUGCUCUAUGUGCCAUGGCAGUAAGAUGUCCAUCUUCAGAAACUGCUUCACAGACUCGUUCAAAGCACUUAAAUGCACGGCGUGCAAUGAGAACGGCCUUCAGCCAUGUCCCAGCUGCUCUCACUAAGGUCCUCUUCAAGUGCCUGCUCACCUACUGACCCCACCCAGUCCAGCCCCUCUCCCUCUCACCCUUUUGGCCAUGCAAAUGACUGCACCAGACAGAGAAAGAUGACUGCUAUUUUUUUUUCUC